UUGGUAAGCAACUCCGUGGUCCCACCAUUUUUUAAUUGUUUUAUUUUGUUUUUUUUGAGCGAUUGCGUCGCGAAAUGUAUGUGGAUAAGAUCUGUCUGACCUGCCUGAGCUCAACGGGACCCUUUCUGUCCAUUUAUGACGGUGGGUCGGGCAGCUGCCUGGCGGACAUGAUCAGGGAGUUCACGAAAACAAAGCCCCGCCGUCAUGAUAAUCUACCAGAGAAAGUGUGCCUGAGCUGCUUGAGUGAGAUUAAUCACUGCUACACCUUCAAGAUCAAGUGCGAGAACUCGAGUCGCACCCUGCGACAAUUGCUUCCGGAUGCCCUGCCAGAGGAGCCCGACAACAAGGUGUCCCUUAGCAGUCCAGUGACCACGGCGGAACAGGCUGUACAGACCACCGAAUGGGAGCCCAGCAAAUCCACAGCCUCUGUACAAACGGAUCCGGUGGCCACCACAGAUGCCGAACAGAACACCAGCUUGGUCAAGUCUACAAUUUCUGUGGACUUGGAUUACGACGGCGAGGGAGAAGUUUUCGACUACGAACUGCCGGAUGAGCACGUUGAGAAGACCACCAGCCUCAUACUCCAAGUUCAAGGAAGCUUAAAGGACGAAAAAGAAGUGGUGUUUACUCAAACCAACGUAAUUUACGAGGGCGAUGAGCUUGAGCAACAGAUCAGGGAGUGCAAUCUGGCCAUAUUCGAGGGAGUUGAAAACGAAGCAGAGGUCAUUACAGUACCCGCUCCACAGGUCACAACUAGGAAAAGUGCCGCCAAGCUCUUAACGCUGCAGCAGGAAGAAAAGAAGGAGAAUCCUGAGGAUCCUAAAAAGGAAAACGAGGAUGUCGAAGAAGUACAACAGGACCAACCGGCAAAGAGAGCUUCUCGCCGACGGGCAGUAGUCAAGCAGGACGUACAGCCCUCGCCUUCGUCAGAAACAGCCUCCCCGUCCAAACAGGUUCGCUUGGGAACCAACCGCAAAACGUUGAAUGGAACAACCACAGUGGCAGUGAACACGUCAAACACAACACCUGAGCUUAAGUACCACUGCGAUCGGUGCAAUGCGGGCUUUGCGUUGGAAAAAUCCUUGAUGAUCCACAGGCGGCAGAAGGGUUGCAUCAACCGCAACUUCAAGUGCGACGAGUGUGAAAAGGUCUUCGUGUCACCGGAUCAUUUGGCAGAGCACCAGGCUACCCAUGGCGCUCACAACUGCCCGGAGUGUUCGAUGCAAUGUGAUUCGAAGGAGCAGCUGAGCAAGCACAUGGUACAGGGACACAAGCGGAAUCUGCGCAAUCAGUGCAAUGUCUGCCAGAAGGUUUUCACCAUGCUGUCCACGCUGCGUGACCACAUGCGCAUCCACACGGGUGAGAAACCCUUUGUCUGCAAUAUAUGUGGGAAGAGCUUCACCCAGAACGCCAAUCUGCGUCAGCACAAGCUGCGUCACUCAGAGACGAAGAGCUUUAAGUGCGAGUUGUGCCCGCACUCGUUUGUAACCAAGGCAGAACUUGCCUCGCACGCCCGCACGCAUACGGGCGACAAGCCCUUCGAAUGUGAGGUGUGCCUUGCCAGGUUCACCACCAGCUGCUCGCUAGCGAAGCACAAACGGAAGCACACUGGAGAGCGGCCUUACGCCUGCGACCUGUGCCCAAUGAGAUUCACCGCCCUAAAUGUACUGAAGAACCACCGAAGGACUCACACAGGGGAGCGGCCCUACGUCUGUCCUUUCUGCUCCAAGACCUUUACGCAACGCGGUGACUGCCAAAUGCACCAGCGCACCCACCAAGGCGACCGUAUUUACAUCUGUCCCGUGUGUAGCGAGGAGUUCAAGUCCAUGCCCGAUAUGCGUACCCAUUUGGCCGGCCACGAGCAGCACGACAAGCGCCUGGUGCACUUCACUUUUCUCAGCAACAAAGAAAACGGAAGCGGAGCGCUCGAGGAGGACCUUAAUGAAAUGGCCGAGUCAGCGCUAAUGCUCUAAGUUGUUGGUGUGUGCAAACAUCGUAGUUUUAACUUCUGUAUUGGGAACGUGAACGUUUCCACCCACAGACCUUUACAGAUGGGUUCGGUUCGAAAGGAAAUCAAAAACAUGAACAUGUCUUAAUGUCGGGUACGUUUGCACAACCCAUUUCAACCAAAGCAGCACCUGAAUAAUGAUAAAACACUCAAACACGUGUACUUCACAUUUCCGUCUACACUUCCCCUUGGGAACACAGUUUAUGACAAAAUUCACAACUUUAGAACAUCUUUAGUCUUAACUUAGUCGCUAGGUCGUAGAUAAAAAUAAAAGCUUAAUGGUA